AUGGAAACUGUAGUAGCUUUGUUAGAACCAUUACAAGUUGUAACAACAGUUUUUUGUGKCGAAACACAUUCACCGGUAUCAAUGGUUAGACCUCUCGUUUCAAAAGUGAUUGAAAAACAUUUGAAAAUUAAUACAUAUGAUAGUGAAGUUGUUGUCAGUUUUAAACAGACAGUGGUAUCACAACUAAUAGAACGUUUUAAGCUUAAUAAUUUAACAAACAUCAUAUCUUCAAGACAAGUAGCAUCAUUUUUAGACCCAAGAUAUAAAGAUUUGGAACAUGAGGAAAUCGAAGUAAGAGAAAAUAUCCGUUGCAAAGUACAAAAUUUACUGGUCGAAACGAAUACUUCGGAAAAUAGAGUGGGUAAUGAAGUUCCUAUCCAAAAAAAGAAGGGAGCACUUGAAUUUUUAUACGGCGAUGAAGUUCAUGAAGUCAAUGAUGUUUCGAUGCAAUUUCAAUGUUACCUUGAAGAACCACAACUGAGGUCAACGAACAAGUUUGCAAAAUAUGUAAUAUACAAAUCAACGUACCCAUGCAGUAGUUAUAUCCUCAAUGUCACGCCGACCGAUGUGAAGCAACCGCAUGUUAUAGAGUCUGGCGAUGGAAUUAGACAUAACUUGCAAAUGGCCAAGUKUCCGACAACGGAGCAAAUAUUAAAAACGCUAUUAACCAACAUCUUUAUAAACAUCAUCAUUCAUCAUCCUUGUGUGGCAGAUACGCUAAAUUUAAGAGUUAAUGAAGCCAUAAACAACAAUAGUGAACUUAGUCAAGUAUUACAAACAUGCAAAACAAUUGUAGGACAUUUUAAACACAGCACUUCUCCUAAUGAAAAAUUAAAAAUKUACCAAAACCAAAUGGGUCUACCUCAGUUAAAAGUCAAACAAGAUGUGUCUACGAGGUGGAACUCCAAAUUAAUCUUGAUGGAAAGACUCCAAAUUAAGGCUUCUUUGUCCGCUGCUAUAACGUUACUUCCACGUGCACCAAACGGGUUAACUGCCGUAGAAUGGGAACUUAUAAAAUACUGUAUACCACUUUUAAAACCAUUUGAAAGUAUCACAACAGAAUUAUCUGGCGAAAAAUAUCCGACAUUAUCGAUGGUUAUACCACUUAUACGAGGUCUACAAUUUACACUUGGAAAUAUCAAACCAAAAACCAAUUCAAGACAAUUAUUAAAGACAGCAUUAUCAAAUUCAGUAUCCAGACGAUUGGGAUCAUUAGAAGGAGAUAAAAUAAGUUCAAAAUCAACAUUUAUCGACCCAAGAUUAAAAAAAACGGACUAA